AUGUCGAAACCCUUCACUCGGCUGCCGACGUGUGUCGCUCCUGUCAAGUAUUUCCUAGACUACACCAUUGAUCUUGACCAUUGUCGCUUUGAAGUGAAGGAACGUGUGCUGCUAUCUGUCUUGCAAGCUACUCGCAUCAUCACGUGCCAUGCACUUGAGCUCUACGUCUUCGACGUCUCUCUCUUCCUCCCGAAUAGCAGAACUCGCAUCAAAUGUAAGGAAAUUCGGCAUCACGUGGCUGACCAAUCAGUUGAAUUAGUUUUCGACGACGAAUUGCCUGCUGGGGGUGAGGCAGAGCUCUCACUCACAUGUCACGGUGAAUUGAAUGACAAGCUUCAUGGCUUCUACCGUAGCGCGUACGACCAUGAGCUAGCGAAUGAGACGCGUCUCAUGGCUGUUACACAGUUUGAAGCUUGUGAUGCGCGCCGCGCUUUUGUCUGCUGGGAUGAGCCUGCUAUCAAGGCAAGAUUUGAAAUCUCGCUCACUUGUGACGUCGAGCUCACGGCUCUUUCUAAUACGCACGUAGUGCAAACGCUUGUGCGUCCGCGCGCUACGAAUGCGCAUAUUCGAAAACAUUCUCGUUCAUCAAAUUCAAAACUUGAAAAGGUCUGGAAAUUUGCCGAAACGCCCGUCAUGUCGACCUACCUCGUUGGAAUGCUAGUUGGCGAGUUCGACUUUGUCUCGACCGUCACAACAGACGGUAUCCUCGUUUCGGUGUAUACCCCUGUUGGUCGUAGUGAAAGAGGGACCUUUGCGCUGGAUGUCGGUGCAAAAGCACUUACUUUCUACAGCUCAAAGUUUGGAAUUCCGUACCCCCUUAAGAAACUCGAUAUGGUUGCUAUUCCUGAUUUUGCAGCGGGUGCGAUGGAAAAUUGGGGCGUUGUGACGUACCGUGAGACGCGAUUACUCAUUGAUGACGCAUUGAGUAGCUUUAGCCAAAAAUUGGCAGCUGCACGAACUGUUUGUCAUGAGAUUGCGCACCAAUGGUUUGGUAAUUUGGUGACUAUGGAAUGGUGGACGGGGUUGUGGCUCAAUGAAGGGUUCGCGCGCUUUAUGGAAUUUGAAGCAGUUGAUGCGAUAUUCCCCGAUUGGAAGGUGUGGGAAAUCUUUGUACAGGAUAUUACCAUGGGUGUCGCGAUGGAAAAGGACUGUAUGCUUACGUCCCAUCCGAUUGAAGUUAAAGUGAAUCAUCCAGAUGAAGUAGAUCAGAUCUUUGACGUCAUUUCGUAUGCCAAAGGUGCGAGUGUCAUUCGAAUGUUGUCGGAAUAUCUUGGUCGAGAUGUGUUCUAUCAAGGCAUUCAUGAUUAUCUCGUGAAAUUUAGCUAUCGCAAUACGCAGACGCAAGAUCUUUGGAAAGCACUUGAACACGCUUCCGGUCAGCAAAUUUCGUCCCUGGCGAGUAAGUGGACUAGUCAUACAGGGUAUCCAAUCGUGACAUUAUCCGACGAUGGAGAGCUUGUCCAAAAGCGCUUUUUGGCUGACCAAAGUCUUCAAAAUAGCACACCAGAGAACAUUGCGUGGGAUGUGCCGUUGACUUUCUUGGCAUCUGAUAAACCGAACGAAAUCCAAAAAAUUGGCAUUUGGACGAGGCACUCAAAAGACGCAACAAAUGCACUAGCGGCGAAGUUGCAUGCAUCUAGCACGUCGUGGCUGAAACUCAAUGCGGUCCAGGCUGGAUUUUACCUAGUCAACUAUUCCGAAAAAGGCUGGAAGCGUCUACAACACCCUGUUCGGGAGAAAAUUCUGUCUCCAGUGGAUCGCAUGAGCUUAUUGAACAGCAUAUUUGCAUUCGCGCGGAGUGGCGAGUUGCCACUCUCUUGCGCUCUUGACUUUAGCUCGGCAUAUGACACAGAAUCUGAUUAUUUGUGCUGGAAGGAACUGGCGUCGAAUUUGCGUUUUUACUGCAAGCUUUACACAUUCGAUGAGUUCUAUCCAAAGUUGCAAACGUACGUUCGUCGACUCUUUGGACCAAUGAUGCAGCAACUUAAGUGGAUAGCAACAGAAGAUGAAAGUCCAAUGGUUGCUCCAUUCCGGUGCAGCGUCAUCAGUAUGCUUGCAAUUGGUGAUGAUCAAGAUGUCAUUGCCGAAGCCCAGCGAUUGUUUCAUGCGUAUUUAGAGGAUCGAUCCGCGCUGUCUGCCAAUUUGCGUGGAGUUGUUUUUAAUGCCCAAGCUCGACGUGGCAAUGCCACAGAUUUUCGUCUAUUGCGUGAAUGCUACGAGUCUAGCAACUUUAUUGAAGAAAAACUGGAUUGUUUGACUGCAUUGGGUCUAUUUAAGUCUUUGGAGCUUAAGCGCGACGCGAUCAAUUGGGCUCUUCACAAUGUCCGGUCGCAGGAUAUUCAGUACAUUUUCAGUAGCGUUGCUGCCGAUGCUCCAGGUGCUGAGUUUGCAUGGCAAUACGUGCAAGAUCAUUGGGAUGAGCUUGCAGUGCAAUACCGGCCGAAAAUUUUGGGCCGCAUUGUUAUGGCAGUCAUUUCGCGCUUCCAAAGCGACGUAAAAGCUGAUGAAGUGGACAAAUUUUUGGAAACACGGAAACACUCGUCUUACACACGCUUGCUAGAUGCCGCUUUGGAAAAUAUUCGAGUGAAAAGCGCUUGCUACCGACGCAAUCGUGACGACUUGAAAAAGUGGCUAGAGUCAAUUUAG